UAAUAAUAAUUUUCAGAACAUCAACAUCUACGAUACAACCCUCUGAAAGCAGAAUGGAUUCUGGUAUCCCCCCACAGAUCUCUUCGUCCAUGGAGCGGGCAAGUGGAAACACCAUCCGUAGAAAUCGUACCACAAUUCGACCCCACAAACCCUUUAUGUCCAGGAGUCACAAGAGCCUCUGGAAAAGUGACUCCCAACUACGAGUCCACAUACGUGUUCACGAACGACUUUCCUGCUCUUCUGGAAGAAGGACCGGAACCAGAAGAAAGUAGCGAUCCCUUGUUUCAAACCAAUUCUGCCAAAGGAACUUGCAGGGUGAUUUGCUAUCACCCGCAUUCAAAUGUGUACCUCACCGACCUAUCGGUUAAAGAAGUUGUGGCGGUUAUCGAGGAAUGGAUCAACCAGCUGAGCGAUCUGGGAAAGAAGUACAAUUGGGUUCAAAUUUUCGAAAACAGAGGAGCCAUGAUGGGCUGCUCCAACCCCCAUCCACAUUGCCAAAUUUGGGCUUCAACGUUCCUACCGAACGAGGCAAGGAUCAAAGAUGUGAACUUGAGGGAGUACUACGAGAAGUACAAGCGACCUAUGCUGAUGGAUUAUGUCGAGAGGGAACUGGAGAAGAAAGAAAGGAUCGUGUACCAAAACGACGAGUGGUUAGUAGUGGUGCCUUACUGGGCGGUGUGGCCCUUCGAAACGAUGGUUCU